AUGGAAAAGCCAGAAGUCGCGAUCAAGUGGAAUCUCAAUGUGAACGGAUUGGAGGAACAAGUCUGGCGAUACAGGAAAUACAAACUAUUUCCACCUUUCCUCCAAAAGAAACCUCCUCGGAAAGAUCUCGCGAGAGAUGAGAUAUUAGAGUACGAGAAACCAGCGAGAGAACCGAUCGCGUUUGUGGAAGCAGACGCGGCCGAGGAUAUCAGCGUGUGCGACCACGAUUUCUUUCGAUCGAGUCUUGAUCUUCAAGAUAACAGGGGAAGACCUUCCGUUCGAUGUACGGAUGACUGUAGAACGAUCGGGUUGAUAUGCGAGAAUUUACGAAUAUGCGACAGUCUGCCCGAGGAAGCACUGUUUAUUCUAGAUUCUAUACAAAUAUUCUUUCCUUACGUGCAGAAUAAUUUCAAACGGAUAAAAGGCACUACCUUGAUGAUUAUACGAUAUCUAAAUAAAAUUUCUAAAUUUCAUUCGAAAGAACAAUUGACAAGCUCGGUGCAUUAUUUGGAAAAUGAAAAGAUCAAUUUCCAAGACUCUAAUCUCGAGGGCCACUCAAAAUGUCAACUAAAAAAAUGGAAAAAAUACGCAAAAGAAAAUCGCGAAGUCAACGCGGAGACUCAUCAAUCUUCAUAUCCAACUGUGCGUGCAACGUACGCGCACGAAAUUACACACGGUUGGAGAUCCGCGAGGAUCACGGCGAGCUAUGGUAUUUUCGAAAUAGGGAUAUCAAGAUUGACGUGGCAUGGCCGGAGGUCAUCAAUCUCAGUUCCUACCGGAUCGUCAUUAUGGAUUUCGAAAUUGAUCUCCACGAGCCGAGUGUCGCUCCUAUUGAUUUAGACAACUUAGGAGUCAUUAAGAUUAAUAUCUGUGAUCUGAUCUCGUUAGUCUCGAACACCGACGAAGUUCAUUAUCACGUAUAUUUUAUUGCAUCAAACUUUAUCUUAAUUAAUCUCACCAAAUCGUUCAUUUUUCACGACGAAACACGUGAAAACGAGCGCGAUUGCGUACGGCCUUUCGAUCUAAACUCCGUGCUCGUUUGGUUGGAAUUGGCCUCGAAGCCCGAACGGUGGCUCGAUUUGAAUUGUUUAGAUUGCGCGGUGCCCGCCAGCGCUGCGGAAAUCGUGGACGACCGGCACUUCGACGUUUUCAAGUCCCACGAUGACGAGGAUUACGAGAGCUUCGAAGACGAGGAGGAGGAGGAGGAGGAGGAGGAGGAGGAGGAACGAAGGGAAAAAAUUCUGUACCCGUGGUUAGACAUGUGCGAAGAUUUGCUUCCGCUCGCUGACGAUGAAGAGGAUCCUCCCGAUACCACGGAGCCAUACCUGUCUCACAAAUUGUGA